ACUCCACUCUUAAGUUUCAUUUGUGUCAAAGUGAAAGUGUUUGUGAUUCAGGAGAGAUGGCGCAGAAAGCAGUCGACACAGAAGCCUUUUCCUGCUCCGUGUGUUUGGAUCUACUGAAGGAUCCCGUGACUAUUCCCUGUGGACACAGCUACUGCAGGAACUGUGUCCAACAGCACUGGGACCAAGAGGACCACAAGAGGCUCUACAGCUGUCCUGAAUGUCGCCUCACCUUCAGCCCCAGACCUGCCCUGGUCAAACACGUCCUGUUAUCAGGUGUAGUAGAACAACUGAGGAAGACUGGGCUCACAGCGCCCCCUGCUGACCGCUGCUAUGCCGGACCUCAGGAUGUGUCCUGUGAUGUGUGCACUGGGAGGAAGCUGAAAGCUGUCCAGUCCUGUCUGCAGUGUGUGGCCUCUUACUGUGAGCGCCACCUACAGCCUCAUGAUCAUGUUGCAGCGUUUAAGAAACACCAGCUGGUGGCGCCCUCACACACACUCCAGGAAAACAUCUGCUCUGAACACGACGAAGUGAAGAAGAUGUUCUGCCGCACUGAGCAGCAGAGCAUCUGCUACCUCUGCUCUGUGGAGCAGCACAAGGGCCACGACACAGUGUCCUCUGCAGCAGAGAGGGCUCAGAGACAGGCAGAGCUGCCGGCCAGGAGGGCCCUGCUGCUCCAGAACCUCCAGCACAAAGAGACAGACCUGAAGAAGCUCCAACAGGAGGCCCAGGAGAUCAGCCGCUCUGCCCAGACAGCAGUGCAGCGCAGCGGGGACAGCUUCACAGAGAUGGUCCUUCUCCUGGAGAAAAGACGCUCUGAAGUGGAGCAGCAGAUCCGCUCCCAGGAGCAGACCCAACUGAGCCGAGUCCAAGAGCUCCAGGACCAAGUGCAGCAGGACGUGAGUGAGCUGAAGAGGAGCCUCUCGGAGCUGGACACACUGGCCCUCACCCAGGAUCAUAACCAGUUUCUACAGCUCUACACUUCACUGUCCACAGACACACAGAGCACAGAGCCAGUCAGGAUUGACACACGGCCCCGGAGAUACUUUGAGGACGUGAACAGAGCUGUGUCCAAGCUCAGGGACAAAGUGCAGCUCACUCUGGAGGAGGGUCUGACCAACGUCUCACAGGCUCUGAGUCGUGUGGAUGUUUUACUGUCACCAGCUGAACCCAGCUCCAGAGAGGACUUCUUACAAUACUCUACAGAAAUCACUCUGGACACAAACACAGCUCACACCAAACUGUCUCUGUCUGAUGGAGACAGAAGAGCAACAUUUAUGACUGAACACCAGAGUUAUCCUGAUCAUCCAGACAGAUUCCGUGUCUAUAUUCAGGUCCUGAGCAGAGAGGGUCUGACGGGCCGCUGUUACUGGGAGGUGCAGUGGAGCGGGGACUGGGUCUUUAUAGCAGUUUCAUACAAGGAUAUUCAGAGAAAAGGUAUAGGUAAAUCUUUAUUUGGAAACAAUGAUAAAUCCUGGGCCUUAGACUGUGGCAAAACAAGUUAUUCAUUUAGAUUUAACUCAGUUGAGUCCCAUGUCUCUCGGGUCUCGUCCAGAAUCGGGGUUUACCUGGACCACAGUGCAGGGGUUUUGUCAUUUUACAGUGUCUCUAAAAGUACCAUGAGGCUCCUCCACAGAGUCCAGACCACUUUCACUCAGCCUCUCUAUGCUGGGGUGUGUUUGGGCGCGAGUCCUGGAGUCACUGCAUAUUUCCCUAAACUCAAAUAGAAGCUUUGUUCUCCACAGUUUGGACCAAAUUUGUACCUUUCACUUUUAAAUAAUGAGUUAAAGGUUUAAACUACUAUUUAUGAGAGUUUCCCCAAAAUAUUGAUAUCUGCUAAUUUAUUGUUGUUGUUGUUGUUGUUAUCAUCAAUCUGUUAUCAUUAAUCUAACUGGUAUCAAAACUAGAUUCUCAUUUGAUCAAGUGUUAGUUACAAACCCCCCCCCCAAAAAAGAGGAAACCUUUUUUAUUAUGAUAAUAUUACAAAGAAACUCGGAAGAAAAUCGUGUUAUUUUGUGUUGAAAGUUACAUUCUGUUGUCUUAGGAAAUAUUCUUCUUGUUAUUGUUGUGGUUUCAAAAUCAAUCUUGAAAUUUUAUAGAAAUGUCAAAUCAGCAGUGGUGGAAGAAAUAUUUGAUUUUAUUUUUUUUUAUUUAAGUAAAAGUACAGAUAUCGAGGCAAAAUAUAUAUAUCAACAAAAAUAUUAAUUAUAACAUUUAUAAACUUGCUGAAACAUGUGGAGAAUUAAUCUUGUGACAAAACCUGCCACACGUUCCAUAAUAUUGAGUCAGAAUGUUGUGUGUCGCACUACAACACAAUGAUGCACUAUUACUGUCACACUAUUAGUGGAAAACUACACACAUAUUCUCAACAUGUUUCAAAUCAGAGCAUUUUCACUUGAUGUUCACAUGUUCUUCCUCAUGUCAUGGAACUGUGUCACUCUUUUCUUUAUCAUCAUGUCAAACUCGGAUUGUCUUCUAUCAUUUCAAUCAACACCAAUCACACUGUGUUUGUUCUGGGUUUCCUCUGUGUACAUUUGCAGUGUGUUUUUGUUCACUUUUAAAGUCUCACUGUGGAACUUUUGUGCUGGAGGUUUUGUCUGGAAUGUUCCACAGUAUGGCAUUAACCUGAUCUAUAUUGUGUUUAUUCAAUGACAGAUGUUUUAUUGCUCAAAAUCCAUCAUAGUUCUGAUGUGUAACUUGAAUCAUAAUUGUAAAAGUUGUUUGUGGUCACAUCAUGGGGAACACUGGUUCUACAAUGGUGAAGGUUUUACACUCUUUAAAUCAACAAUAAAUUCAUAAAUCAC